AUGUCCCACUGUGGAAGGAGCUCCUUCACUGAUGGUAGAAUCAUGACCUGGGGUCAACCAGAGGAUAGAGUUCAGAAUGGAUGGAAGGUGAUUCGGGAACAGAGUCCUAUGGAACUCUUGAGAAAUACUGUCGCGAAAGGUGUGAGCGAGAACGACAUGAGGCUUACAUUGGGUGGCGGCCACAGAUUGGGAAUAUGGCCGAUUGCGGGUCAGUUGAGGACCUUCUCCACUUCCUUCGUUGUCUGGGUUGACACACACGCUGAUAUCAACAAUCUUGAGAGCCUUGUUUCUCGGCACACCCAUGGCAUGCUCCUCUCCUUCCUUCUUACCACAGCCAACACACUCAUUCUGCAAACCUAA